AUGUGUGCUGCGAACGAUCACCGAAGAAAAUGGGACAGAGCUUACUUCGAGAAGAUCGCUGACCAGCGGUCAAGUGAGGAGUUAGAAGCUCUGCGCAAUGCGCGCAAAGAAAAGGAUACGGUUAAGAAGCAACUCCUGCGACCUCGUACGGAGAUUAUACCGCUUGAAGCCAAUCUUAACAAGUCUCAGGUGAUUGCUAAAACCGGCCCAGGCAGCUCACAGGCUGGUUACUAUUGCGAAUACUGCGACUGCGUCGUCAAGGAUUCCAUAAACUUUUUGGAUCACGUAAAUGGCAAAAAACAUCAGCGGAAUUUGGGCAUGUCAAUGCGAAUCAAACGUUCAAGCCUGGACGAAGUUAAGAGCAGAUUUUCCAUGCACAAGAAGAUGAAAGAGACAAAGGCAAAAGAAUACAACUUUGAAGAUAGAGUGAAACAGAUUGCUGAGGAGGAGGAGAAAAUGAAGGCGUACAGGAAGGAGAAGAAGAAAGAGAGGAAGCGCAAAACAGAGGGGGACCCUUACGAGGAAGAUGAAGAUGUUGCCGCGAUUAUGGGAUUCGGUGGUUUUGGCAGCUCGAAGAAGCCGCGAUGA